UUUCUAGGAACGUGCUAGCCGAUACCUUGUACGCUAAAGUAUCCAAACCUCAAUGGUCGUCGUCGUCAUCAUCUACUAAUCUAAUCGCCCCUUUCAGUUUGAUGUCUUCGUCAAUUACAGGAGACAACGGUUGUUCCAAUCCCUUCUCCCCAUCUCUGCUCUUCAAUCAUCAAUCAUCAUCUUCCUCAACUGUUCUUGACAGCUUUCUCCCACCAACACAACACCCUCUUCUCGCUUCCUCAAAUCCCCACCUUUAAGAGCUAGUAGUAGUAGUAGAAGCAUUGCAGGAAUUUUUGCAGUUUCCACAGAUGGGUUGCUCAGCUUCUCGUUCCGCUCAUGAUUUCAUUCAUCCCCAAACCCAAUCUAAUUCGGCUUCUUCUUCUUCUACUCGGAUUUCGCGAACGCUUUCUCUGCCUACCCCUCUGGUUCACCACCCGCCUCUCGGGAAAGGGGAUACCAGCCAUUUCGUGCUGCUCACCUCCUCCACCUAUGGCUCGCUUCUCUUAAUCGACAGCCCCGCUAUUCCAAACCCUAACCCUAGAACUGAAUUUGGGAAAUCCCAAUCCGGGUCUGACCCGUUAGAGCCUCUGUCCCCUGACUCAGUUGUCAAUACGUGGGAGCUCAUGGAAGGCCUUGAUGAUGACUUUGGUUUCCAUGUAGUCGAGCCCCCCAAAGUCCCCAUCUUGGAGACUCACGAGAAAGAAAUUUCUUUGACCAAAAUGCUCAAAUCUUACGAGUUUGUUGAGCACUCUGAUGCAGAGGAGCCAUUGAGCUCCAUAGACUCAAAUGAUAGGAUCUUAUUGGGCACAUUGAUUCCAAAUAGUGCAUUUAAGCUGAAGGGUACUGAGGAUAGGAUUGUUCUGUAUUAUACUAGUUUAAGGGGAAUUAGGAAGACUUACGAGGACUGCUGCGAUGUUCGAAUGAUCUUAGGGGGACUUCGCGUGUGCGUAGAUGAACGGGACAUAUCCAUGGAUUCAUCCUAUAGGAAAGAGUUGCAGAGUGUGUUGGGUGGUAAAGCUGUGAGCUUGCCACAGGUUUUCAUUGGGGGAAGGCACAUUGGUGGUGUAAAUGAGAUUAAGCAACUAAACGAGGCCGGGGAGUUGCCUAGGCUUUUGAAAGGGUUUCCCGUGAAGAAAGAUGGAUUCUUUUGUGGAAGCUGUGGGGAUGCAAGGUUUGUGCCAUGCCCGAGUUGCAAUGGCAGUCGAAAAGUGUUCAAAAAUGGGGAAAGGAUGUUAAGGAGGUGCGUAGAUUGCAACGAAAACGGAUUGAUACGGUGCCCUUGUUGCUGCCCUUAGAAGCUCUUGGUGACUGGUUUCUUUAUUUUCUCUGCAAGGAUAUCUGAAGCAUGGUACAAUAACAUGUUAUUGUAAAUUUAUUUGUAUAGAUUCUGUUUGGCUUGCUUAUAUCAUACAGCUUUUGAGCUGUGAAAUGUGAAUGUCCAUCACAUUCUUUGAACAGUUUAAGCAAUAAAAUGCAAAUAUUUGCAUGCC